UGUAAUUUCUGCAUCGUUGAUAAUGAUCAUUUCCGGACAGCAUUGAUUAAGAAUCCGAGACGAUAUAGACCGCACUUGGCGUUGCUUCACCCACGUGAAACAAGAUGGCAGCUCAAGGAGCAUUUAGUAAGGAAUCCUUGGCGGCCCAAAAUUACAAAGAGUUCAUCCUACUUUACAACAAGAUAGCAGAAAAGUGCUUCCAAGAUUGUGUUACAAGUUUCAAUGAAACAACCUUAACAGAAAAUGAGAUUGAAUGCACAAAUAAAUGUUCUGGGAAAAUGGUAAAUGUAAAUCACCGGCUCAUGGCUGUUUUCAUGGAGAUUGGACCACCAGUUGAUAAGCAACUUGGUCUUUCUGGUGCAGGGAUGGGUCUCAUGUGAAGAUAAAAACAACAAGUCAACAAAUUUGAUGGCUUCAAUGGAAUCUUUGAAACUGUCAACCAAUUAGGUUUUCUGUUUGGUUUGAAGACACUUUUUAUAGUACCAGGAAGCCUUAUGAUGUCAGAUGUCCUUUUAUGCUACAUGACAAGAAAAACUGAAAUUAUUAAUCCAGGGCCAUGUCAAGUCGUAGAAAAUAAAGCAGCAACAUUUUCAAGAAGAUUAGCUGCUUUGAGUGGAAGAUUGGUAUAUCAAGAAGAACAAGGCCCACUACUCAGUGGACAAGACUGUCAGGAACUAUUAUAACUUUUAAACAUUGAAAUGAGUCUUGAAUUUGCACAGAAUCCAUGUUGUAUUGCAGACCUGCUGAAUUUUUCAAAACGAAAUUCCCCAAUAUUUCCUGGAAAGCAUUAAAAACAGAACUGUACAUGAAAACUCCUCAAUAAUUAAGCAUCUGUCCUUGAACAAACAAAUCUGCUGCAUUUUGUAGCCAAGUAAUAAAGGAAGGAUAUGUUAAUACACCACAAAAGUUAAGAAAUUAUUUUGUUAAUUAAUGCCAUUUGAUAAUCAAAUAUUUUUUGCUGUGUGUUUUUCCUGUGUGAACUUUAUUACACACGUGUUUAUAAAGUAAAUAUAAGCAUUCUUCCCUUUCAUUAACUAUAUGUUAGCCCAUCAUUACAUUUUGUAAACUCAAUAAAGAUUGACGGCAAAAAUUUUACCUC